AUGUCCACAGUUGCUCCACCAGUGUCGGCCGUGGCAGGCAGCGGCCUCGGCUAUGGUAUCGCCAUUGCUGUUAGCAUCCUUGUCCUCAUUUCUACUAUAAUGCUCGCUUCUUAUGCUUGUAUCAGGGUUAAAGGUAAUGGUAUGAGCCGCCAUGACAGUCCUGGUGGUGGUGAUAGCAACGAUAGUAGCAACAAUUAUGGGCCUAACCGGCACUUCACCACCGGCGACUCGGGAGAGUCUAUGAUGGUGGCGAUGGGCCUGACUUACCCCAUUAUAGACUCGUAUCCGAAGAUGGUGUUGGGCGAAAGCCGGCGAUUACCCAAGCCCAAUGAAGGCCCAUGCUCCAUAUGCUUGUCCGAUUAUCGGCCCAAGGAUACCAUACGGUGUAUUCCAGAUUGUCAUCACUGUUUCCACGCUGAUUGUAUUGAUGGAUGGCUUAAAAUGAGUGCCACGUGUCCGCUGUGCAGGAAUUCUCCAGCUCCGUCGAAGGGUUCCACGCCUGUUGCUACUCCUUUGGCUGAGGUUGUGCCACUGGCAUUCCAUGCCAGGUGA